AUGCAUCGCAUUCCCACCACAAAAGAGGUCGUGCCGGGGGCGGCCGUCAACAUUGUGCUCAAGGCCGACCAACCCACCGGCCGCACAGUCCAAGGCGUCGUCGGGCAGCUGCUGACCAGAGGCAACCACCCGCGGGGCAUCAAAGUACGCUUGACGGAUGGCAGGGUUGGCCGCGUCCAGAGCAUGGCCGGAGCCGCCGUGCCAUCGACAGCCCAGAUUCAAUCAGAGGGCUCCGCAGUCAUGCCUGCCGAGACGACGGCGGCGGGACCAACCUACGGCGGGCGCAGGCGACGGCGUGGCGGGCAUAGCCUGGACGGGGACGAAGAGCAGCCUUCGUCCACACGGGCGGUUGGGCUUGAUGCUUACAUCAAGCCCGCGAAGCAACGCGGCGGGGCGAGGAAUGCGGGAAGCGCCGCCCGGAGCGUGACGCGGGAAGCGGGGAUGGAAGGCAGGAUGAUCGGGGCAUCUGCCGAAGAGGAAGAAUCGACGUGCCCCGUCUGUGGCGAGUUCAGAGGCGAUGUCGCAGCGGUGACGCAUCAUGUUGAGUCGCAUUUCCAGACAGGGCCUGCGAUUGGGAGGUGA